UAACGUCAGUCAAUCAUUUUUUUUUAGAUUUCCGAGACGUGCAUGAAUUCUUCGCUAUAAAAAUGUCGUCUCAAAUGUCCGCUAUUGAACUCCUAAAUUUAGGAGAUCAAGGAAGACAAAAACCAUUCCUUAAUAAAUUUUGGCCAGAAAUUAUAGGUGUUGCAUUCGGCAUUGGCUCAGCAGCGGCAGUUAACUUCGGCACGAGACGUCCCAUUUUCAGCGGAAUUCAAAAACAUAUUAUUGGUGUAGCUGGUUGGGUGGCUGUGUUAUCAUAUGUUCAAAAGAAACGUGAUGCAUAUCUGGCUGAAAAAGAUGCAGUGUUGAGACACUAUGUAGAGUUACAUCCAGAAGAUUUUGCUGUACCAGAAAGAAAGAAAAUAGGUGAUAUUUUGGAGCCUUGGAUUCCAAUUCGUUAAUGAAGAUAAUGGUAAAUUGUAAUUAUAUUAUAUUAACUUGGUAGUGCAAAUAAAACAGGUUUUAAGUUUAA